UUUCAGCGGCACAAGAUCGAAAAGGCACAGCAGCCAUCCAGAGACUUUCAGAGCGAGCUCGAGUGGUGAACCUGAUCCCAGCAGCGUCUACAGCAGCUAGCGUCAGGCAGCAGCAAACAGGUCGACCGACAUGGGCCGUUGGUUGAAGCCAGAUGUGUACCCGCUGAUCGCGGCCAUGUCGUUCGUGACGGGGAUGUGCGUGUUCCAGCUGACCCGGAACGUGUUCAUGAACCCGGACGUGCGGGUGAGCAAGAGCAACCGCCAGAGCGCCGUGCUGGACAACGCCGACGAGGGGCAGCGCUACAGCCAGCACGCGUUCCGCCGCUUCCUCAGCACGCAGCGCCCGGAGGUCUUCCCCGCGCUCAACCGAUUCUUCUCCGAGUCGUCGUCCGCCGGCGACAAGUGAUGGUCAGAUCAUCAGACGACGCCGGCGAGGCAGCGCACGCCGUGUUCGCCGCCGCCGCGGCGGAGCGCUGCUCCGGCGUUCAUGUCGUGCGGGCGCGUGUGAAUAUUGGUGUGCGGGUGCGGGCGUAAGGUGUGCCUGGAGUCAUGUUAUGGUGUGUGCCGAAUAAACUUGGUUUUUGUUGCUCGUGAUGUAAACACGCACGUUUGGAUUCCAUUUU